GGCGUGGACUGGUGAAUCAGACGAUAAGAUCCCACAAACACGACACCGUCCUUAUUCCAAGUUCCAAUUUUUCAAUCAAUAUUUGUUGUUUUAUUGUUUUCCAUUUUCGGUCGUCUCUCCCCACCAAUUCUGAGCGGAAGCAUUGCAACAUCUAGAGGGAUGGGCAAGAUGCAGUCUUUCAAGGAACAGUUUUCUUUUGACGAAAGGGCAGAAGAAUCACAGGACAUCAUCGCCAAAUAUCCCGAUCGAGUCCCUGUUGUUGCUGAAAGAUAUUCUAAGUCCGACCUUCCUGAGAUGGAGAAGAGGAAAUUCCUGGUACCUCGUGAUAUGUCGGUUGGCCAAUUUAUCCACAUCUUGGGCGCGAGGCUCCGCCUGACUCCUGGGAAAGCUCUCUUUGUAUUCGUCAAGGAUACAUUACCACAAACAACAAGCUUGAUCGAAUCCUUGUACAAUUCAUCUAAGGACGAGGACGGGUUCCUCUAUAUGUGCUACAGCAGCGAGAAAACAUUUGGCAGCACUCAUAAUGUCAUGUGGCAUGAGCUUUCUCUUGGCUAAUGCUUUUAUUAUAUCUAAGAUAUCAUGUUUGUGGCUGUAAAUAUAUUGAAAAGGUAUGUACACAUUUGUUAUUGGGGCCUUGAAUGUGUUUGUGUUACUGGAAUGUCAAAUGAAAACCAUAUACUCUCUUCUGAUAA